GAUUUCCAGGACUUGACAGGCUUGGAGUCUAUGGACCAAUGUCGUCACACAUUAGAACAACACAAUUGGAACAUUGAGGUAAGAACUGUCACCCAAAAAAAAAAACCCAGAAUGCAACUUUUUGAAGUGGGCCUUUGAAGACUACAUAAUCCACAAGUCGUGAUGCACCCAGUGAAUACAAUCAUUUCUCAGUGGUUGCACUGUUAUGAAUGAAUUACGUACCUCGUGACAAAUGUUGCCUUCAAUGUUCAUGAUCUCUGCUCUUUGAAAUGGUCAUGGUUGAGUCUUCCUGUGCUGUCCAGGGUGAGAUCAAAUGGAUAAUGUGAUGUGUGCGUUCCCAGGCUGCGGUGCAGGACAGACUGAACGAGCAGGAAGGAGUUCCCAGUGUGUUUAACCCUCCGCCCUCCAGACCCUUACAGGUCAACACAGCAGACCACAGAGUGUAUAGCUAUAUCGUCUCCAGGCCACAACCCAGAGUACGUACACAGAUUCUCUCUCUCUCUCUCUCUCUCUCUCUCUCUCUCUCUCUCUCUCUCUCUCAUAUAUUCUUCUUUUUGAUCAUGUGUCACUGGGAAACUGCGGUAAAUUGUUCUUGCAUCUCAACUUAAAAGGUAGACUCUGCAAUAUGACAUUAAAAUACACAGUGGGGCAACAUUCUGCUUACAGAAAUCAACUCUGUAACUGAAAUCAUCCAGCUGUGGUAUUCUCAUUGAAUCUUUCCACUGUUCCCACCAUCAUGUCUCAUCUGGUCUUUUUCUUACAUUUUCAGGGAUUAAUAGGAUGGAGUUACUACAUGAUAAUGCUACCUUUCAGAUUGACAUAUUACACACUUAUGGACAUAUUCAGGUAAUACAAAGAAACUGCAUUUGUCCAUCAGUUCCCGUUAUUAACAUGAGCUGCCUGACGUUUCUGUAUGAAGGUGACUGAUUGGUUCCUCCUCCUCUCCUAGGUUUGCCCUGCGGUGGGUCAGGCCAGACCCUCGUGGACGCGUCACAGACCCUGUGGGUGACGUUGUCUCUUUCAUCCAUAGUUUUGAAGAGAAGUACGGUCGAUCGCAUCCAGUGUUUUACCAGGGAACAUAUAGCCAGGUGUGUUACUCAGGUUCCCCAGUCCAGUUUCAAUCUCAAUUUGGGUUACUAGUAUCUGACCAUAAACAAGAAGUAUAUUGGAAGGCAUAAGAACAUUACCCAAAAAGUUGAGACACCAAGUUUUAUUUUAUUGAACAACCGACUAAAUGGUUUUAAGGAAGCAGAUGUUCCAGAAUCCAGAUUGAUUCAAUCCAUUUAGAACCUACACUACAUGACCAAAAGUAUGUGGACACCUGCUCGUCGAACAUCUCAUUCCGAAAUCAUGGACAUUAAUAUGGAGUUGGUCCCCCCCCCCCCCUUUGCUGCUAUAACAGCCUCCACUCUUCUGGGAAGGCUUUCCACUAGAUGUUUGAACAUUGCUGCUGGGACUGGCCUCCAUUCAGCCACAAGAGCAUUAGUGAGGUCGGGCGCUGAUGUUGGGCGAUUAGGCCUGGCUCGCAGUCGGCGUUCCAAUUCAUCCCAAAGGUGUUUGAUGGGGUUGAGGUCAGGGCUCACCGAUCUCGACAAACCAUUUCUGUUUGGACCUCGCUUUGUGCACGGGGACAUUGUCAUACUGAAACAGGAAAGGACCUUCCCCAAACUGUUGCCACAAAGUUGGAAGCACAGAAUCGUCUAGAAUGUCAUUGUCUGCUGUAGCGUUAAGAUUUCCCUUCACUGGAACUUGAAAAACCGCCCCAGACCAUUAUUCCUCCUCCACCAAACUUUACAGUUAGUACUAUGCAUUUGGGCAGGUAGCGUUCUCCUGGCAUCCGCCAAUCCCAGAUGGUGAAGCUGGAUUCAUCACUUCAGAGAACGCGUUUCCACUGCUCCAGAGUCCAAUGGCGGCGAGCUUUACACCACUCCAGCUGACGCUUGGCAUUGCACAUGGUGAUCGUAGGCUUGGGUGCGGCUGCUCGGCCAUGGAAACCCAGUUAAUGAAGCUCCCGACGAACAGUUAUUGUGCUGACGUUGCUUCCAGAGGCAGUUUGGAACUCGGUAGUGAGUGUUGCAACCGAGGACAGAUGAUUUUUACGAGCUUCAGCACUUGGAGGUCCCGUUCUGUGAGCUUGUGUGGCCUACCACUUCGCAGCUGAGCCAUUGUUGAUCUUAGACGUUUCCACUUCACAAUAACAGCACUUGACCGGGGCAGCUCUAGCCGGGCAGAAAUGUGAUGAAAUGACUUGUUGGAAAGGUGGCAUCCUGUGACGGUGCCACGUUGAAAGUCACUGAACUCUUCAGUAAGGACAUUCUACUGCCAAUGUUUGUCUAUGGAGAUUGCAUGGCUGUGUGCUCGAUUUUAUACACCUGUCAGCAACGGGGUGUGGCUGAAAUAACCGAAUCCACUCAUUUGAAGGGGUGUCCACAUACUUUUGUAUAUACAUUACCAGUCAAAAGUUUGGACACCUACUCAUUGCAGGGUUUUUCUUUAUUUUUACUAUUUUCUACACUGUAUAAUAAUAGUGAAGACAUCAAAACUAUGAAAGAACACAGUAACCCAAAAAGUGUUAAACAAAUCAAAAUAUAUUUUAUAUUUGAGAUUUUUCAAAGUAGCCACCCUUUGCCUUGAUGACAGCUUUGGACACACUUGGCAUUCUCUCAACCAGCUUCAUGAGGUAGUCACCUGGAAUGCAUUUAAAUUAAUAGGUGUGCCUUGUUAAAAGUCCAUUUGUGGAAUUUCUUUCCUUCUUAAUGCGUUUCAGCCAAUCAGUUGUGUUGUGACAAGGUAGGGGGGGUAUACAGAAGAUAGCCCUAUUUGGUAAAAGACCAAGUCCAUAUUAUGGCAAGAACAGCUCAAAUAAGCAAAGAGAAACGACAGUCCAUCAUUACUUUAAGACAUGAAGGUCAGUCAAUAUGGAAAACUUCAAGAACUUUGAACGUUUCUUCAAGUGCAGUUGCAAAAACCAUCAAGCGCUAUGAUGAAACUGGCUCUCAUGAGGACCACCACAGGAAUGGAAGACCCAGAGUUACCUCUUCUGAAGAAGAUACGUUUAUUAGAGUUACCAGCCUCAGAAAUUGCAGCCCAAAUAAAUGCUUCACAGAGUUCAAGUAACAGACACAUCUCAACAUCAACUGUUCAGAGGGGACUGUGUGAAUCAGACCUUCAUGGUCGAAUUGCUGCAAAGAAACCACUACUAAAGGACACCAACAAGAAGAAGAGACUUGCUUGGGCCAAGAAACACGAGCAAUGGACAUUAGACCGGUGGAAAUGUGUCCUUUGGUCUGGAGUCCAAAUUUGAGAUUUUUGGUUCCAACCGCCGUGUCUUUGUGAGACGCAGAGUAGGUGAACAGAUGAUCUCUGCAUGUGUGGUUCCCACCGUGAAGCAUGGAGAAGGGGGUGUGAUGGUGUGGGGGUGCUUUGCUGGUGACACUGUCUGUGAUUUAUUUAGAAUUCAAGGCACACUUAACCAGCAUGGCUACCACAGCUUUCUGCAGCGAUACGCCAUCCCAUCUGGUUUGUGCUUAGUGGGACUAUCAUUUGUUUUUCAACAGGACAAUGACCCAAAACACACCUCCAGGCUGUGUAAGGGCUAUUUGACCAAGGAGAGUGAUGGAGUGCUGCAUCAGAUGACCUGGCCUCCACAAUCACCCGACUUCAACUCAAUUGAGAUGGUUUGGACCUUAGAGUGAAGGAAAAGCAGCCAACAAGUGCUCAGCAUAUGUGGGAACUCCUUCAAGACUGUUGGAAAAACAUUCCUCAUGAAGCUGGUUGAGAGAAUGCCAAGAGUGUGCAAAGCUGUCAUCAAGGCAAAUGGUGGCUAUUUGAAGAAUCUCAAAUAUAAAAUAUAUUUUGAUUUGUUUAACACUUUUUUGGUUACUACAUGAUUCCAUAUGUUUUAUUUCAUAGUUUUGAUAUCUUCACUAUUAUUCUACAAUGUAGAAAAUAGUAAAAAUAAAGAAAAACCCUUGAAUGAGUAGGUGUGUCCAAACUUUUGACUGGUACUGUAUAGUGUGUGUAACUUGGUUGAUUAGCUGGUAGUGUUAUUCAGUGAGCCGUGUUUGUUUUCCCCCUGAAGGCAUUGAAUGAUGCCAAACGUGAGCUUCGCUACUUGUUAGUUUACCUCCAUGGAGAGGACCACCAGGAUACAGACCAGUUCUGCCGGUAGGUCCCAUUUUAUGAUCACUUUAUGAUCCAUUUACAUGAGGUCUAGUUAUAAUUUAGGUUCUGGUGGUUUGGAUAUUUAGUCAGUUGAUUGAAUGGAGGUAUUCCUUGCAUGUUUUCUUAUUUGUGUCAUGCUUGGUAUUCUUCAUAAUUAUUAUAAAUGAUUAUAGACAUUUUGUUGAUUUGGACUUCUUUCCUCUCACAGUUGAUAUUAACGAUGUGCCUCUUUCUGUUACCAUCUUCCUUCCAGCUCCACGUUAUGUACAGAAGAGGUCCAGACCUUCCUCAACACCAGAACGCUGUUCUGGGCCUGCUCCACCAGCAAGCCUGAGGGAUACAGAGGUAAUGGUCUACUCCUGCACGUGUCUUCACUACCUGGGUCUGCUGGAGCUGGACAGGAACAGGCCUCAUCCUGUAUACUCUUUUAUUGUUGCUGUAAAUUGAGGACGUGUUCUCAGUCAGUUUCAUCUGGUCAAAAAGGGUUAAAGAUAAAAGUCAAUCAUCUGUGCUGGAACUUUGGAUGAUUUUUGUCAGUGUCCUCUCUAAGAUAUAAGGAGGGGGGGAUCUCUUCAUCCAGGAUCUCUAAGAUAUGAGGAGGGGGGGAUCUCUUCAUCCAGGAUCUCUAAUAUAUGAGGGGAGGGGGGGGGAUCUCUUCAUCCAGGAUCUCUAAGAUAUGAGGGGGGGGGGAUCUCUUCAUCCAGGAUCUCUAAGAUAUGAGGGGGGGAUCUCUUCAUCCAGGAUCUCUAAGAUAUGAGGGGGGGAUCUCUUCAUCCAGGAUCUCUAAGAUAUGAAGGGGGGGGGGGGGUCUCUUCAUCCAGGAUCUCUAAGAUAUGAAGGGGGGGGGGGUCUCUUCAUCCAGGAUCUCUAAGAUAUGAGGAGGGGGGGGGGGGUCUCUUCAUCCAGGAUCUCUAAGAUAUGAAGGGGGGGGGGGGUCUCUUCAUCCAGGAUCUCUAAGAUAUGAGGAGGGGGGGGGGUCUCUUCAUCCAGGAUCUCUAAGAUAUGAGGAGGGGGGGGUCUCUUCAUCCAGGAUCUCUUCAUCCAUCACUUUAUAUCAGCGUUUUAAUCUGUGUUUGGUGUGUUUUUGACUGGCUGGGUUUGUGUGUCUGUGUGUGUCUCUGUGUCUCUGUGUCUCUGUGUGUGUGUCUGUGUGUGUCUGUACCUCAGUGUCCCAGGCGCUGCGUGAGAACACCUACCCGUUCCUGGCCGUGAUCAUGCUGAAGGACCGUAAGAUGACCGUGGUGGGACGUCUGGAGGGGCUCAUCCAAUCAGAGGACCUCCUCAACCAGCUGACCUUCAUCAUGGAGGCCAAUCAGACCCACCUGAUGUCUGAACGCAUGGAGCGGUAAGGAACAGAGCUGGGUUUAUUCCAACCUGAUGUCUGAACGCAUGGAGCGGUAAGGAACGGAGCUGGGUUUAUUCCAACCUGAUGUCUGAACGCAUGGAGCGGUAAGGAACGGAGCUGGGUUUAUUCCAAUAGCAAGUCCAGGCCAUCUGGCACUCCAGACAAACUCAAACAAAAGUAUGUGAAUAGUUUUUUUAAUGUAUUUGAAACCCAGGUCUGAAUUGAUUGCUUAUUUUACUAUAAUGAAAAAUACAAAUGUGGAGAUGGUCUCUGGUCCUGGAGGGAUGUGGUGUGCCUGGAAUUUGAAUUAGACCUCAGCAACUAUGUUAAUAGAACGUGUGUGUGCCUGCGUAUCACUUUGUGUGUCCGUGUCCAUUCGUGUGUUUUUUUAUUUAUUUAACCUUUAAUUAACUAGGCAAGUCAGUUAACAACAAAUUCUUAUUUACAACGACGGCCUACACCGGCCAAACCCGGACGACGCUGGGCCAAUUGUGCGCCGCCUUAUGGGAUGGCGUGUGUGUGUGUGUUCCAGGGAGGAGAGGAACCAGACGCAGGUGUUGCGGGCGCAGCAGGACGAUGCCUACCUGGAGUCGCUGAGAGCCGACCAGGAGAAGGACCGGAGGAAGAGGGAGGAGCAGGAGAAGGUCCAGGCGGAGGAGGAGAUGGUCCGGCAGACCGUUCUGGCCGAGGAGAGGAGGAGGAGGGUGAGGAGUCUUUUACACUAUCUGCCUCCUCGCUCACUCUCUCUGUCUCCUCGCUCGCUCUCGGACGGACUCUCUCACGCUCUGACUCCUCUUUGCCUACAGUAAAACUGUUUCUUGUCUUGGUCCUAUGUUUUUUAAUACUUUGUUGUUGCCAGUUUGACACAAAUUCUGUGUUUUUAGACGCUGGAGGAAGAGAAGGAGCGCAAGUCAGAAUGUCUUCCCCCCGAGCCCACGGCAGACGACCCUGACAGCGUCAAGAUAGUUUUCAAACUGCCUAACGACACCAGAGUAGAGAGGCGCUUCCUCUUCCAGCAGUCUCUGACGGUAAGAACACAGCUCUGCUCAAGUCAGCUUACAGGUGGUGGCAUUUUAACUGUCCCGGUGCAUACCAGUGGGGGCUUGACUCCCAAUUCUACACAGCAAACUCCUAGUCACUCUUACAUGUGUUAUUUUAACAGUUUGAUUUAACUCCCCUGGCGUAUACCAAUGAAACUUAUGGUCUUGACAAAAAAAAAAAAGCAUGCAUCUCACCCAUUUCUCCCUCUGUGUUUCCAGGUAAUAUAUGACUUCCUGUUCUCGUUGAAGGAGACCCCGGAGAAAUUCCAGAUAGUAACAAACUUCCCUCGCCGGGUUCUGCCCUGCCUUCCCACGGAGGAGCAGCCCAAUCCUCCCAGCCUGAAAGAGGCCGGCCUCAGCCGUUCUGAGGUCCUCUUUGUUCAGGAUCUCACGGACGAUUGACACCUAGCUAACCUUCUCCUCCACCUCCAACAUGGGAAAACAACUGUUCUGUUUUUUUUUUUUUUUUGUUGUAUCUUCACAAUUUUAUUUUUAUGGCCGUUGUGCACAAGGGAUCACUGUCUGAAAGAAUGAAACAAAAACUCUAACCCAAAAUAAUUUACCCCUGGCAGAGCUGAUACCACCACCUCUCUCCAGUUCAAUUUGGUUCUGUUUAAAAGGAGAGCAAUGUGAACGUUACAUAUACGUUACAUAUUUAAAGAACAAGGCUGAAAAAGCACGACUUUUUAUUAUUAUAUAUAUAUUUUUUUUCAAUCAAAGUUGACGCUAUAAUGUGAUUGUCAUGAGACGACCAAACAGGCGAGGUUUGAGUUCCGUACCACCAGAGUUCAGUUUAGAACUACAACACAGUUCAGUUUAGAACUACAACACAGUUCAGUUUAGAACUACAACAC